AUGAGCCCUCAAAACAUGAACAAAAAGUCAUGGGAGUCUCUCUCUUCAACGUUUUCUCAACUUGAAGUAUCGAUCUCUCAUGACAGUUGCUAUGCCUCGGACGAAGUCUCUGUCGUGUCGACCAAGCAAACCACCUCGAACACCUCUGGUGUCUCAGGCCCGGUGACUGCAACCGAACCGUCUCUUGGUUCCUUUUUGAAGCCCAUAUUGAAAAGACCGUAUUCCGAAAUCGAAGAAGAUGAGGAAUCAGAGUCGGGCUAUGCAUCGGAAAACUCGGAAUACGACUACGAUGCGAUUUUCGAAGACAGUGAUGACGACGACGAUGAUGAUAUGUACCAUGUCUCGGGGUGGGACGACGCAUCCGAUAUAAUGUCUGAAUCAUGUGACGAAGACGAUGCCGAAUCCUUGGAUGGAUCUUUCAUCUCUUUUGGACCUAUGGUCCGAUUUGACACAAACAUACGCUAUAUCGAUGCUCCAGUGUCGCUGGACGAUGAUGAAGACUGUGAUGCAGAGCUGACUGGCCACGAGCUCAUGGAACGUGCACUGGCAUCUGGCACACUCCGGUUCAAGGAGUCAGUCGACGACCUGGACGUCGACGAUAUUGAGGAUGACGAACUCAGCAGUACGCUCGAGUCGAUCAAACAGCUGCCUGAAGAGCAUACCAGUGACGUCGUCGACCUGGACAAGAGGCUGUUCCUCGCCUACAUGAAUGGCAUAAAUGGGAUCCCUGAUCUUGAAUACAAAGCCCGCCUCCGCAAACAAGCCAAUGACUUCUACAUCGGUCGCCUGGAUUCGCCGUAUUUGGACUUGGAUAGUGCCAGCGGGACCUAUUUUGACAAUGUGCUGAAUCACGUCAUUGGGCUUUUCCGCAACAUAGUUGCCAAAGAGGACUUUGGAGAACUUGCCAGCCUCGUCAAUGGAGAAGGCGCCUCAGAGCGUUCCUCGGGAGCCGGUAGAAGUCAUAAUAAGGACUUACUGGCCAAGAUCGAGAAUCUACUCUCCGAAAGACUAGCGUGUGACACCGAUGUAGGGCCAGACGAGCUUAGCUUCUUCACCAGUGGUGUUGCGUAUGCACUGGAAAACUGGAAUGGCUUUUUGGUCCACUAG